CAAUUGACAGCUCGCAUUGCGUUCAGCGUGGCAAUUUGCGCUAUAAGGAGCUCUCAUAGAUCGCAUCGUUGGCAGCACACAAGAAAUUGAGCGCUCGCGUUCCGCAAAACCACCGCACAGCAAAACGCUCUCACUGCCACUGUGCCUUAAUCACGCCCGUCGCCGCGGUGAAGCCAAAGCACUGCUCGUAAUCAUGGCCGAAAACGAUACGUUGCUGGUGGAGCACCGCACGACGAGCAAUGCACCGCCCCUAGAAGACCCGCUGACCCUCGACGCGCUGCUGCACCCGCUGUCGAAGGAUGAUUUUUUGAGACUGCACUUCCGGCAGCGCUGCGUCGUAAUAAGAGGCGGCGGCGCGGAACGAGCCGCCACGCUGUUCCCGGCGGCGAGCGCGGGUGACGUCGAGGAAAUCGUGGAGCACACGGCGUCGGACCGCGUCAUGGCCUGGGUGCGCACCGGUGGAACCGUACGUACGAUGGACGGCCUGCCGCCGUCGCGCGGCACGACGGCGCGGUCCAUCGACGUCGACGACCCGCGGAACGCAAUUGCACUACAUCAGGCGGGCCACGCGCUCUACUGCCGCGCGCCGCCCGCUAUCGAGGAAACCUUGGUGAACGCUUUACUAAAGGAGACGUCUCUGGGGUUGCCGCCUUUGAGGGAUGCGGGCCCGCUCGCGGGCCGCGGCGAGGUCGAGAUGUUCUGCGCUCGUAAAGGUCAUGUGACGGCCUGGCAUUCCGACUUCCAGGAAAACUUCACGAUCCAGUUGCGAGGAAGGAAGCGCUGGCGCCUCGCUCAUAGACGAGAAGCGCACCCGCUUAGGGGGGAGACGCCGCACUUCGCCGACGACAGUGUGUUGUGGGACCAGGCCAAAUCAAGGGCGCUCGGCGAAACUACACAAUCGCGCAAGCGGCCGCGCGCCGCGCCGGGGGUGGAGGAGGUGACGCUCGACGCGGGCGACGUGCUCUACUUCCCCGCUGGUGUUUUCCACGAGGUCGAGUCGUUGGACGAUGACAACAUCUCUCUCAAUAUUUCGCUCAUGGCGCCGACGACGGCGGAGGUGAUCUGUUCCGCGUUGCGGCACCGGCUGCUCCGCACGGACGAGGGGCGGGCGCGCGUCACGAGCGACGCUGCGGGCCUGGCGAAGCUCGAGAAACUGCUCGGCGACGCCGCCCGGGGGGCCGGGGGGCGAUCUGCCCGCCUGCGGGGCCUCACCGUGGGGAUGAUCUGCCCGCCCGCGCUCACCGAGCCCCGCGGGGCCGUCGCCGGCAGCGACGACGACGAUGAUGACGAUGACGGCGACGAUAUCCCGACGUUUAACAUCAAGGACGCGCCGCCCUGGCUGGCGCGCGCGACGGCGCAGACGGCAGACGCCACAUUGUCCGUAAACCAGCUCUACAGCCUCACAACCCCGGAGCAGCUCGGCGUGCCGAUCCCAAGGGCCGACGAGAUCGUCUGGGUCCUCGUGUGUGGGAACUACGCCGGCAACGACGAGCUCGAGCCGGCGGUGCGCGUCCGCCUCGUCAUGGACAGGACGAACUAUUCUCAUCUCAAGAAGGCCAUGGCCAGCGGCGACUGGGAGGCGCUCGCCCCCGCGCUCCGCCGCUACCUGUUUCACUUCGGCUACCUCGUAACUACGUAAUUGUGUUAUUCCUUGACGCGUGGGCGGCUCUAUUUGUGCCCAAUCCAGCUCCCAACCGAUGCACCUUUGGCUAGUGGGCACCUACUAGCAGGCAGGGAGUUGUGAGCUCGGCGCUAGCUUGCAAAGGCACGCGAGCGCUGCCCCGCAGCCCGCCCGGCCCGCUACGCCACCGACGCGGGAAGACCACGCGCCUGACCACGCGCCUGGAGCCGCACAGGAGCCGUUCCGUGAGGUAGCCAGACACCCAGGACAGCGGCCAAUAUGGCCAAGGACGGCGAGGAACAUAAUUAUGUGGGCGACAAUUAUAAUUGGGAGAAGCGCUGCGAACAUGAAGUGAAAUCAGCCAAGAUCUGGGGUUCGGACUGGGGCCACCUCUACGAGCCUGGGGUCAAGCAGGACUACCAAUCGAAGAUCGACGAAUGCCUCAAGAAGGCCAACGCCAUCAAGACGGUCCCGCUC